CCAGAUUGCAUUGGGCGCUGGGCAGCAUCUACGAGCCUAUUAAAACCAUGGCAGAACAACGACAUGCAUCCCAGAUAUGUCUGCCUCUUCUCUCUAUCUUAAACUGGACUCUCCGGCUUCGCUGCUUGACGUGUUCGUCAACGCCGCGCGAGACCCACACACCGCAGCGCGGCGCGUGCUGGAGUGCGGCGCGGACAUUUGGACAUACGCGGCCUUGGACGCGGUGUCCGAUGGCAUAGCGAGGGAGCUCGCGCCCUUCGGUCUGGCGCCCAAGGUCGCUGUCGUCAGCGAGAACCACCCAUUUGUGUUCGCGCUGCUAUUCGCAGUCUGGAAGCUCGGGGGAACGUUCAUCCCCAUCGACGCGCAUGUCCCCUUUGCCAUGCUCACGGGGAUGAUGAACAUUGUGAAGCCGACGUGUCUCUACCUCCCCGCCUCCGCCACAUCCAACAUAUCUCUCGCGAAGGCCUUCGACACACGUAUCGUGGUCUUUGGGCACAAGGAGAAUUCCAUGCAAGCUUUGUUCGACAAGUACUCACUGCAUGCGGCGCCGUUGCACGCGGCACCAUUGCACUACGCGCCUCCCAGUGCCGACCAUGCGUGUCUGUAUCUCUUCACAUCGUCAGCGUCCUCGACCAAAAACCUCAAGGCGGUCCCGCUGACGCACACACUCGUCCUGCGGGGGUGUCAAUCCAAACUCGCUUGGUGGCGCCGAGUGCAACCCGGAAAGAAUCUCGACGCUAUCCGGAUCCUCGGCUGGGCACCCUGGUCUCACGUUCUCGCCUAUAUGCAGGCGCGUCCCCUCGAUAUCGGGACAGCGACACUGCUCAACGCGGGCUGCUAUGUCUUUGCGACCAUCCCUUCAUCCUACCCGCAGCUUCCUACCACCACCCCCGUCGAUCUGACGACUUCGAUCAUCGACGCGCUCGUCACGCGGCGCGUCGCGGCGUUCGCCUGCGUCCCAUUUGUCCUGGCGAACCUCAAAGCCGCGUGCCAGAGCAGCCACCCCGCGCGCGCACUACUACUCGAGGCGCUGCAGAAGACGAUCAUGCUCGAGUGCGGCGGGGCGGCACUGGACGACGCGACGGUCGACUGGGCCGAGCGCAACGACAUCCGCAUCUUCACGGGAAUCGGGAUGACCGAGACUGGCGGGGCCGUGUUUGUCGGCCUCGCGAGCGAAUCUAGACGCGGGUUUCUACCGGAAGGCCUACUCGGUGAUGCGUCCUUCUCGAUCUCGAGUGACACGGACGUUCCCGACGAGGGCGAACUUGUCGUGAAAAGUAAACUCAUCGCGCCCGGAUAUGUCGGUUACGACGACGGAGCGCAUUCCGUGGAUAGUGAUGGCUGGGUCACAUUCAGAACGGGAGACCGAUAUCGCCAGACCCAGCCGGACGGGCGCUUUACGUGGCUAGGAAGGAUCACAGACUUCAUUCAGAUGGUCAGCGGCGAGUACCUUGAUCCUCGGCCCCUCGAGGAGAGUCUGCGCGCGUCCCCGCUGAUCGCCAACGCCUGCAUCGUCGGCGAUGCGUUCCUCAGCAGCGCAUCGACAAGCAUCCUCGCCAUCAUCGAGCUCGCCGCCCCGGAUCUGGCGCACACGGCCUCCAUCCGCGCGCAGCUCGCGCGCGUCCUCGCGCCCCUCAACCGCGAUCUGCCUCCGCCGCUUCGGAUCGCAGCGUCUUCGAUCCUGGUUCUGGACGGGAUGCGGAAGAUUCCGAAGACGAAGAAGGGCGACAUCUUCCGCAAAAAACUGGAAGACACGUUCGGUGCGGAGUUUGAGCAGAUGCUGCGGCCCGAGAAAGUCGGGCUGGGUGACUUGGCGGAUGUGGACGCCGCUGUAGCUCGUAUCGUCGGCAACUUGCUCGGCAUUUCCGACGAGGAGCUUCUGUCGACGCUGUCGUUUGCUGAGCUCGGGAUGACCUCGCUUCUCGCCGUCAAGAUCGCGAGCGAACUAAACAAGUUUCUGGACGGCCGGGCUGUGCUGCCCACGAACAUCUGUUACAUACACUUUGACGUGCCCUCGCUCACGAGUAGCGUCCGAGAAAGGCUAUCCUCCGCGCCCUCCUCGAUCACAUCCGCCGCCAGCGACCCCGCGGCUUCGUCCCCCGGCACCCCCCGCACCGACGAAAUCGUGAUCGUGGGCAAGGCCUUCCGGCUGCCGGACGGCGUGAACGAUGACGCCGCGCUGUGGGAUGUCCUCACGGGCGAGUCCGCGUCGAUCAUCAAGGACAUCCCCGCCGAUCGCUGGGACCACGCGAGCUUCUACCCGAAGGACAUCCACUUCGGCAGGGCCGGCCUGGUGGACGUCGCGCGGUUCGACUACGGCUUUUUCGGCAUGACGGCGAGCGAGGCGUAUUCGCUGUCGCCGACGAUGCGUCUGGCGCUCGAAGUCGCGUAUGAGGCGCUGGAGGACGCGAACAUUCCGUUCCGCGCUGUCAAGGGCUCGCGCAUGGGUGUGUUCGUCGCUGUGAAAGACGAUGGAUUCGAGACUUUGCUGCAUGCGGGGCAGGGCUAUGACGCUUACACGCGCUUCUAUGGGACUGGAAGGGCGCCGAGUACCGCCAGCGGCCGCAUCAAUUAUCUGCUAGAUCUCCACGGGCCGUCGAUCACCGUCGACACGGCCUGCAGCGGCGGCAUCGUCUGCAUCCACCAGGCUGUCACCUAUCUUCAAUCGGGCGCCGCAGAGACGGCGAUCGUGUGCUCGAGCAACACACACUGCUGGCCCGGAUCCUUCAUGUUCCUGACCGCGCAAGGCAUGGCCUCCCCCAACGGCCGGUGCGCAUCCUUCACAUCAGAUGCCGACGGAUACGCGCCGUCGGAGGGCGCGGUGGGCUUCGUGCUGAAGACGCGGUCGGCCGCUGUGCGCGACGGCGAUCGGAUACUGGCUACGAUCAGGGCGACGGAGAUCGGGCAUAAUGGACGCUCCCAGGGACUCGCUGCGCCGAAUGUCAGGUCCCAGGCGGCUGCUCAUCGGGCGGUGCUGCGGAGAGCGAGGCUGGACCCGUCCGAGAUUGACUUCAUCGAAGCGCAUGGGACCGGCACCACAUUGGGCGAUCUGUGCGAAGUGCAGGGCAUCAACGACAGCUUUGUCUCGUCCAAGAAACGUGCCAACCCUCUUGUGGUCAGCGCGUCCAAGAGCACCAUCGGCCACACCGAGCCGUCUGCGGGUCUCGUCGGGAUCCUCUCCGCGCUGAUGUCGUUCGAGAGGCGCAUCGUGCCGAGACUGGCAUAUCUGACUGAGGAUAAUGUGAACCCGGCGCUCGACGCGAGUGUCGUUCCGCUGCACUUUCCCACAAAGCACAUCGAGCUGCGCGCUGAUGUGCCAUGCAAGGCCGUCGUGAUGUCGUACGGAUUCGCAGGUACCCUAGCCGACAUUGUCCUCGAGAGCGAGGUACCCCAACCUACGCCUGCGGUCGCUCAGGACACGGCCGGCCAGCAGCCGAUGCUCUUCGUCCUCAGCGCCAAAACCCCGCGCGCGCUCGCCGCCUACAUCGAGCUCUACCUGGCCUUCCUGCGGCACGCCGACCCGGCCCUCUUCCCGCGCAUCUGCUACACGGCGUGCGUCGCACGCGAGCACUACAAGCACCGCGUCGCGUGCGUCGCAGCCGAUAUCGUCGACCUCAUCGCGCAGCUCGAGACGCGCCUCGCGCAGGCGGGUGGCGGCGCUGCCGGUGGUGCUGGCGGAUCGCGGCCGGCGCGCACCGGGCCGCUGGUGUUUGCGUUUUCGGGGCAGGGCACGCAGUUCCCGGCGAUGGCGGCGCAGCUGGCGCGGGGGUAUGCGCGGUUUGGGGAGCUCGUCGGGGGCUGUGCGCGCAUGGCGCGCGAGCUGAGCGGGUUCCCUGUCGAUGUCAUUCUCCUCGGACAUGACGAGAUGCCGCCGGUGAAGGAGGAGGGUGCUGCGGGGGAGGUGCACAGCGAGGUGGAUCAGAUCUGCAUAUUUGUUUACCAGUAUGCGAUGUGUCGGUGGCUGGCCGAGCUGGGUGUGGAGCCGAAGGCGGUCGUUGGGCACAGUCUGGGCGAGAUCACGGCUGCAGCUAUCGCGGGAGCACUCCCGUUCGAAACGGCGCUCCAUUUGGUCGUAACGCGCGCCAGGCUUCUGAAACCAUACGCCUCCCAACCGAGCGGCAUGGCGGCACUCGCCUGCACCCCUGCCGUCGCAUCGAAGCUCACACUCGGCGCGUCGGUGUCGGUGUCGGUCUACAACGGCCCGCAGAGCAUCUGUCUGUCCGGCGCGUCGGCCGAGCUCGACGAUGCCGUGCGGGCCGCGAAGGCGCGGAACAUCAAGGCGACGCGGCUGCAGGUCGACCAGGGCUUCCACUCGCCGUGCGUCGACGCCGCGGUCCCCGGGCUGCGGGCGUGGUGCGCGGCCAACCGCGCGUCGUUUGCGCCGCUGAAGAUGCCGCUGUACUCGACCGUGCGCGGGGACGUGCUGCCCAAAGGCGAGACACUGGAUCCGGAGCAUUGGGUGGCGCACGCGCGGAACCCGGUGCUGUUCGCGCAGACGGCGGCGAGGAUGCAGCAGGACGCGGCGGGCAUCCGGGCCGUCGUGGAUAUCGGCCCGCAGGCGGUGGCGUGGUCGCUGCUUUUGCUGAACGGGCUCAGUGCGACGCGGACGCUUGCUGUCGGCGCGAAGAAGGGCGGGGACCAGGAGCACGCGCUGCUGGGGGCGCUGGGGGCGCUGUUCGAGCAGCACAAGGUCACGCCGGACUUCGCCCGGCUGUACGCCCAGCGCCCGGGUGCGGCGACGCUCGAGAAGACGCGGAUUCCGACGUACCCCUUUGAGCGCACGCGCUGUUACCCGACGUUCAUACCCUCUCGCUUCGCGCACGGCGCUGCGCCUGCUGCGAAGACAAAUGGCGAGAUCCUGCCGGCCGAAGAAGAAGAAAAUACGGAUCCCGCGGCCGAGGCUGUGGGAUCGCUGACGAAGGAGGACUUGCGUGCGGCCCUGGUCGCGUGUCUCAGAGCGACGCUCGAGCUGCGACCUGACGAAGAGCUCGACGAAUCCGAGCCGCUGACCGUGCACGGCGUGGACUCGAUCGGGUUCGCGAAGCUGCGCAAGCAGGUCGAGGACCGCUGGGGGCUGGACAUCCCCGUCGUGUAUUGGUCGGAUGCGUUCAGCGUCGGCGAGAUGCUCAGCAACUUGGUCGAUCAGUAUGACGUAGUGUCUACUGCUGCGUGAAAGGAUGGAUAGGACAGCCAUCUGUUGGUGCGAAGAUAUAUGACAUAUCGUGCCCGGCCCGUGUGGGAUAAUGAAAUAGACGUUUUUUAUGGAACUUGAUGUAUGUAUGUAGUCAGACAAUUGGCUAUGAAUCUGUCUCUGCGACGGGUGGCACAAAUCCAGCGAGAGUCGCGCUUCUGUUUCUGUCGCAGGGCACGAUUGUGAUCCCGCAGUUGACGGCUGGGCAACAGGAAAUGUCAUCCACAUCCGACAGUGGAAACCGCGGACGGAUGGAUGUUGGCGCCAUGUGUUGGACACAGAGGUGCCCCCAGCUUUGAAUAACAUAGAACCUCGAGUUUUAUCGAUAUCGCAUGACAUGAGGCCAGAAUCAGUCGACUCUGACACGCGGCUGCCUUCGAAUGCCAUAAAGUCGACUUUACCAUGGUUGCCUAUUCCUGGUGAGGCCGGGGUCAGGGGGGCAACGUACAUACGAGACCACUGCACUUGCAUCCACCUCCAUACAAUGGCGCGAUAUGAUUGGCUGACGACAGCCGCGAGCACGUGACGGCAUGGGCUGUUGUGCAAUGAUGCAGCUCUUUUUUGCACAGCCGCGGUCACCGGAUUUGGCCGACACGCUGUUCCCCGCCGCCACAGCGGCCAGCUCGAAAUAAAUGUCGGAGUUGAAGUCCGUGGAGUGGGGUUCCCGUGUGAUGCGGCAGCGCGUGAUGGGUAACAUCGCCGUCGCCUAGCGACCGUGUCGCCAGACUCGCCACCUCUCCUCGUCUGCUGGCCAAUAGGAUGCAGCGGGCCCGAUCGAACCUCCAUCCAAACUUCAAAGUUCAAGCCGGGCGACAUUGAUUGCCGGGCGACCCCGGAGGGCGUUUCGCAGGCCGUUCUGGACGCUGGCGAGGCGCGGGGGAGUGCGUCGCAGCACUGGCGGGAACCUCCACCCAUCUCGGACUGGCCACCGCCACCCCCGGACCCGUGUCUGUGUGCUCCGUGUGGUACCCCAGCGGUGCACAGGACGGAGAACCUGAGAAGAAGAUGGAGAUAACGGUCACUAUGGAACAACAUCGCUUCCGAUCCCCCUUGAUCUCAUUUGUCCGCCAAGGGAAGGUCUCGCGCAUGAGAAGCGUCUACCUGAUCGCGCACAUAAAAGGCGCGGAGGGUCUGCGGGGAGAGUCAGGUUUCCCUCCUCGCCCACUUUCAGUUUCAUUCCUUGCACGCAACAGGACAGGUUCCUACCUUCAAUCCUUUCAUCAGAUCCUUCUUGCUUCAAGUCUUCCCUCGCUCCCCAUCCCCCACUCGUAUUCUUCAGCCCAGAAACCAAGAUGUUCGCCGGCAAAUCGAUGAUGUUCUCCGUCUCGCUGGUGCUUGCGCUGGUCUCCCAGGUGUCCGCGCACGCCGCGCCCACCCCCCUGCUCGGCGUCUCCGGCGCGCCCGCGCGCAGUGACGCGCAGCGCCCGUCGACUGCGUCGCCGUGCGGCAAGACCAACGUCGCCGCGACCCUCGACACCUCCACUGCCGUCGCCGCCGCCGCGGACGGCACCGUCGCGUUCUCGAUCACCAACUUCAACGCUGGGAAGGACGGCGCCACGGCGUUCACGGCCCAGGUCGACCCCACCGGCAAGGGCACGGCGUUCGUCGCUGCCACCGUGAGCAAGGACGGCAACCCCGCCCCGACGACGACGGAGACCGACGCGGUCGCGAUCCAGCUCCCCGCCGGCACCAAGUGCACUGGUGGCGCGGCUGGUAACCUCUGCCUCGUCUCGGUCAAGACGCUCGGUGGCUUCGGUGGAUGUGUCGCUGUGUCCCAGGGUGCUGCUGCCGCCGGUGGAGCUGCCGCUGCUGCCGCCGCCCCCGCUGCUGCGGGUGCCGCUGGUGCCAGUGGUGCCGCUGUUGCUGCGGGUGCUGCUGCCGCUGCUGCUGGUAAUGCCGCCGCCGCUGGAACCGCCGCCGCUGGAACUGCCGCCGCCGGAACUGCCGCCGCCGGAACCGCCGCUACCGGAAACGCUGCCGCUGCUGCCAAGGCCGCCAAGAAAGCAAAGGGCAAAGCUGCCAAAGCCGCUAAGGGUGCCAAGGCCGCGAAGCCCGCCAAGGCUGCGAAACCCGCCAAGGCCGCGAAGGCUGCCAAGGCCGCGAAGGUGCCCGCGAACAAGGCCGUCGGCACCCGCGCUGCCCGCGCCCUCCGCCGCGACCUCGUUGAGGCCAUGAUGGACCGCCGCGGCGCGUCGCUCGACUAGACGACUAGCUCGUUUUGUCCUUGUGUGUUGGGGUGUCUAUCUACGUAUGAGUAUCCGGAGCUUGUAGCAUGAGUACACAUUGACAGGUCUUGGUGUAUUUGCGUCGUUUGUGCAAUCUAGGAAUGGAACGAACAAGUGUGAUCGUGUCUUCGUUCA